UCAGUUUUUGCUGCCUGUUUCUAAUGAAAACUUAGUUCAUUUUUCUUUAUUUUCUGUUUUUCUAAGAUGUUAGUGUAGAUACCAGUGUUUAGGUAAAAUGCAUGUAACUUACUUAGUGUGAAGCAGGAAGACUCCUGCUGAAAUCAAUUGUAUAUAACUUACAAAGGAAUGAAAACCUGUGGCAAAGUCUCAGAGCAUAACCACUAGAACUGUGCAGGGGGUGGAAAUUCCAUUCUACAAGGAAUUGUGUGUUUUCAAUAGUUUUCUUGUUUCCAACAGUAAACAAAACAUUAAAAUAUCAAAAAUGUCAAGGAAAUAAUAUCCUAGGAGAGAAAUUGUCUUGGAUUGAUAAAAAUGUCUUCAUUCUUGCUCAGAUUUUCAUUAAUUUUGCAUCAUGUGAUACAAACAUUUUGAUUUUUAAUUCAACUUCUAUUUUGUAAUGAAAAUAUCAAAGUGUUCUUUCUUUUAUUGCAAGAAUAUAAUCCUUUUUACUCCCUCAGAUUUUGCAAAAUAGUGUUGUGGAGGUACUGACAGAAUAUCUGCCUCAUAAAAACUUUGAUAUAGCAUCUGUCUGCUCAUUUUUUUGCAGCUCUGCUACAUAUAAAAUAUGACAGAAAGUUACUUCAUAAUUUUUUCUCUGCUUUCUGAUCCUAUCUUUGUGUAUUUCUUUCCCACCAAAUUUUAGCCAGCCAUGAGCUCCAAAUUCUUUCUCCAACUGUUGGUAUGAACCAAAGGAUAUUUUAUCGACCGUUUUGUAAAAACGAACCAAGAAAGGAGGCAUCUAGAUAAAGGCCAAUUUUAGAAACUUAAAAAAUAAGUUGUCUAACAGCUUAUAUUAACUUGUAUAUAUGUUCCUUUAAAAAAUAUUUGCUGUGAAAUACAUAUUUGCUGUGAAAUGGAACCUCUGAAAAUGCAGAGCUCCUAAGAGCAUGAAUGGGUCUUCAAGGAUUCCUUUCAGCUGAAACUCAGUGGGUCUUAUGUCAGAAAAGUCCCACUGACCUGGCUGGGGAGGCAGGUGACAACAGAAGGAAGAACAAAGAUAGAUGGACUUACAUGGAGGAACUUGCAUAGGAGGAACCCUUAAAGCUAAAAAACUUCAAAUCUAGAAAGAGCAAAGGGAUUGGUUUAAAUCAAUACAUCGUUCCCCUGAGUGCUCUAAAAGGGAAAGUACAAAGGUAUCAAAUUCUCUGUCAGGUAAGGAGCUUGAUAGUUAGGAAGUCAAUUUGGCUAAUUCUGGAAGAGGUUUUUUUUUUUUCCAUAGAACAUAUAAGCAAUAGUAUGGCAUAAACCCUCAGAGUUAAAAAUGGCCUGAAAACCUGAAUUUGUCCUCAAAACAUGUCACAACUUUCCCUUUGAAUUUUCCAAAUAAAUGAAAAGAAGCAUCCUUAACUUCUAACUUGUUUCAAUGUAAUGUGGUAAUUAAAAUUACCAUUUCACUAGUUUCAUUUAAACUGCCAUUCCAAAAAAGAGCUAUUUCUUGAGUUUUUUCUGUCCCUUCCCCUGUUAUCUUCUGAUGUACUGAUAAGAAAUAGACAGAAAUGUUGGGAAAAUCCUUUUAUCUACUGCUUUCUUUGUUGUUUAAAUUAAAAUCUACAAACAAAUGUAUACAAGGGUCCUUUCUGUUUAAGCAGGAAAAUGAAUUUCAAUUUCCCUGCUGGAAAACUGGCUGAUCUACACCAGUCUCUCACAUAGAAUUUUUUAUUUUCACUAAGCCAUAUUUUCAGAAUUUGGUGAACUAACACAAACAUAGACCUACUACAUCCUACUUCACCUCCUCCCAGCCCUGAAUGGUUGUGGUCUCCUGAACUAUCCGCAGUUCUGCACUAUAAAGCUUAAGUAGAAGAGAACUUAAAUCACCUUAGCUUCCUUCCACCCGGUGGCCUUGACUGUUACAGCAAAUAAGGGAGAGCAUGUGAACAUCUCCUUCAUCAGAAUGGCAUCAAAAGAGGAAGAUGCAGUGAUCUACAAGAAUGGCUCCUUCAUCCACUCCGUGCCCAGGCAUGAAGUGCCAGGAGAGCUGGAAGUCUCCUAUACUCAAGUGCAACCACAUGAUGCAGGGGUUUACACUGCCAGAUAUAUAGGAGGAAACGUUUUUACUUCUGCUUACACGAGGCUUAUUGUAAGACGAUGUGAAGCUGAGAAAUGGGGCCCUUCCUGUAGCUUCCACUGCCCUUCCUGCACAAACAAUGGCAUUUGUCAUGAAGAUACUGGAGAAUGCAUCUGUCCUCCAGGUUUUAUGGGAAAAACGUGUGAGAAAGCUUGCGGAGCCAACACAUUUGGCAAAACAUGUGAAGAGACCUGUAAAGAAAAUUAUGGCUGCAGAAAUUUUAUGUUCUGUCUGCCAGAUCCAUAUGGUUGUUCUUGUGCCACAGGAUGGAUGGGACUGGAAUGCGAUAAAGAAUGUAAACCUGGGUUUUAUGGGCCAGAUUGCAAACUCAAAUGUAAUUGCCACAAUCGAGGAACAUGUGACAGAUUUAAGGGCUGCAUCUGCUCCUUUGGAUGGCAUGGUCUGCAAUGUGAAAAAAAAGGUUCAGCAGAUCUUUCGCCUCAGAUAGUAAACUUACUAGAUCCUGUGGAACUCAAUUCUGGCGUCGAGUUCAAGCCAUUUUGUAUAGCAACAGGGAUGCCGCUUCCUAAAUCUGAAGAAUUCAAACUCUUGAAGCAAGAUGGAACUGUCCUGAGGCCUGAUGAAAUUUCUACCAGUAAUCAUUCUGAAGCCAUGUUUAGAAUUAAUCGAGUCCUACCUGGUGAUACAGGAACUUGGGUUUGCAGUGUGCAGACAGUAGCAGGAAUGGCAGAGAAACCAUUUCAAGUUGCAGUCAAAGUUCCUCCUGUGCCACAGUAUGCCCCAAGGCUGACAGACAGAGGACAUAAUUUUCUCAUAAUUGAUAUCAAUGCUGAGUUACACAAUGGAGAUGGACCUGUUGUGUCAACAAAACUUCUGUACAAGCCAGCAAAACGUUAUCAGUCCUGGAUGUCUGUGGAAGUAAAAGGCACAACUAAAAGACUGGACAAUCUGGAACCUAAAACUGAGUAUCAGUUCUGUGUUCAGCUGAGUCGUCAAGGGGAAGGCGGGGAAGGCCAUCCUGGACCACAGGCCAGCUUCACAACAGCUGCACUUGGUCUUCCUCCACCAGAAGGUAUCACUCUCUUUCCAAAAAGUAUGACAUCACUGAAUUUGUCAUGGCAUCCCUUAACACUGAGGACAGAGGAUGAUAUUCGUGUUGAAGUGGAAAGGAAGAGCGUGAAUGACAACGGUGACGAGAGCAGUGUUAUUACUCAAGUGCCAGGAAAUAUGUCCACCUUGAUCAUUAAAGAUCUUGAGCCUAGACAGCAAUACAUGUGCAGGGUACGGGUGAACACCAGGUCCCAAGGAGAAUGGAGCAACUAUCUGUAUGCAUGGACUUUCAGUGACAGAAUCCCUCCUGCACCGAACAACAUCAGGUUUUCUAACACCACAGACACAUCCUCAGUCAUCUCUUGGACAGCUGCUGAGGGUCAUUCCAUCUCCUCCAUCAUCAUCAGCUACAAAAUUUAUGGCAAGGCUGAGUACAACCACAUUGAUAUUAUCAUAAAGAACACCAGCAUUACUCAAUAUCACCUCAAGGGCCUCGAGCCAGACACUGUGUACCAGGUUCAGAUUAAUGCUCAGAACAACAUUGGCUUGAGCAACCCGAACACAUCGUUUGAACUGAAGACCCUUCCAGAAACUAAAGCUCCAUAUGAACCAAAAGGAGGCAAAAUGCUGCUUAUUGCUAUCCUUGGCUCUGCAGGGAUGACCUGUGUAACAAUUCUCCUGGCCUUUCUCAUCAUGCUGCAGUUAAAGCGAGCCAACUUCCAGCGUCGAAUGGCUCAGGCUUUCCAAAAUGUGGUGAGGGAAGAGCCAGCUCUGCAGUUUAACUCAGGUACUCUCACUCUGAGCAGGAAAGCCAAAAACAGUCCAGAUCCUACUAUUUAUCCAGUUCUUGAAUGGAAUGACAUAAAAUUUCAAGAUGUGAUUGGGGAAGGUAACUUUGGACAAGUCCUGAAAGCACGCAUUAAGAAAGAUGGCUUACGCAUGGAUGCUGCAAUAAAAAGGAUGAAAGAGUACGCCUCAAAAGAUGAUCACAGAGAUUUUGCUGGAGAACUUGAAGUUCUUUGUAAACUUGGUCAUCAUCCCAACAUCAUAAAUCUUUUGGGAGCAUGCGAACAUAGGGGAUAUCUUUACCUUGCUAUUGAAUAUGCUCCCCAUGGAAAUUUACUGGACUUCCUUCGGAAAAGCAGAGUACUAGAGACAGACCCAGCAUUUGCUAUUGCCAACAGUACUGCAUCUACACUUUCGUCUCAGCAACUUCUGCAUUUUGCAGCAGAUGUUGCCAGAGGGAUGGACUACUUGAGCCAGAAACAGUUUAUUCAUCGAGAUUUGGCAGCAAGAAACAUCUUGGUUGGAGAAAAUUAUGUUGCAAAAAUAGCUGACUUUGGCUUAUCAAGAGGUCAGGAAGUUUACGUUAAGAAGACCAUGGGACGACUUCCAGUGCGAUGGAUGGCAAUUGAAUCUUUGAAUUACAGUGUUUACACCACAAAUAGUGAUGUAUGGUCAUAUGGUGUCCUCUUAUGGGAAAUUGUUAGUUUAGGAGGAACACCAUAUUGUGGAAUGACAUGUGCAGAACUAUAUGAAAAACUCCCUCAAGGGUACCGACUGGAAAAGCCUCUCAACUGUGAUGAUGAAGUGUAUGACCUAAUGAGACAGUGCUGGAAAGAGAAACCAUAUGAAAGACCAUCAUUUGCUCAGAUACUGGUGUCACUGAACAGGAUGUUAGAAGACAGGAAGACCUAUGUGAAUACUACCCUAUAUGAGAAAUUUACUUAUGCAGGAAUUGAUUGCUCCGCUGAAGAAGCUGCUUAAGACAGAAAAAAAUCUUCAUUCAUCAAUGAUGUAUUACAGAAAACCAAAAUUCAAUCUGCUGGAGCCCAAAAUGUGAUGUGCUGUGUAGAACUGCGUAUAGCUCUAACUAUAUAUAAUACAGCAAUACUGUUUUUCCACAGUUAUGUGUGUGUACAGCACACUGUAACCUCUGCCUUCAUAGGCUGUAGAAGUGUAUAUACUGUCCAAAGCAGGUAUAGACUAAAGUCUUAAAAUCUGUUGUUUCAUUCGCAGGGUUUUCUUUUUUCCUAGUCAUGUAGAUAUAAUGUCUACAUACAUAUUGUAAUGCAUUAGGUAUUGACAUCUUAGAGGGUUUUUUUAUAUUUUCCAAGAGCUACUCAUAGCAAAGUGGUAACUUAUUGCAGUAUUCCAUAUACAUUUCAUCAUGUUUGAAACAAAAAUGCUGGGCAGUUGCAGUGCAACAAUGGAAGUUGUAAUCCAGCGUGCUCAACAAGGAUAAUUAAGACAGACUCCUGUUUGAAUGCAAAAGUCAGCUAGUAGAAGUAAUCUAGUCAGAAGUUCUAUUGAUACUUGUAAGAUAAAAGACAUGCUAUUGUUCGUUCAUUGCCUAGCAUGACUGUCAGGUUUUGCCCAUAUGCAAAAUAUACAUAUAUUUUGAAGUGUUUAUUGUUAUCAGAGGCAGCCAUACAGCAAUAUUCAUGAAGCGUAGUGUUGAGGAGCAUACUACGUAUUGUAAACCACAUUUUUACAACUCACCUGGGUAUACAUGAAACUUACUCAAUUUGUAUUUCAUUUAAUAAUUUCAAUGCAUAAUUAUAAAUAACUACCUAUUAUGUACCAGCAGGGCUUACUUACUUUUGUUUAUUUCACCCUUUCAUUCUAUCUGUAGUGUGGUAUGGCCUCUUACAAAAUAUCGUACUCAAGUGCUUCAAAACAGUGAUAUUUGUCCUGCCAGAAAGGUCCCAAUCCUUAGACAAGACAAAUAACGUCAGGAUUGGCUUGAACUUCUGGUGUCAAGCCAAGUACAAGGGUUUUGGUGGAUUUACCCUAUCAAAAUUUCAUAUAGUAGCCAACUUCAUGUUUUGCACAAAUGUUCCCCUCUUGCCCUUGACUUACCAGCUCACAACUGUCCAUCAUACCACAAUGUCGUCCCAGUUGGGUGCAACAGGUCAUCCCCUCAGACUUGGAGAAAGAUGGAUGCUUGAAAGAGUGCAAGAUCUUCCCUUCUGAUUCUUAUUUUGUGAAUGGGUAUGUGAUUAGUAACAAGGUGGGGGUAUCGCCGCAGAGUAUAGAGUAACAUUAAUGACAUACACCAGACUGACUCAAAUAGAAUAUUCCCUAUUAAAAGGGAAUAAUCCAACAAACCAAUAAGCCAAGGGUGCUGAGAUGACUUGUGUGGCCUUGAGAUAGGCAGAACUUGCACUGUAAACCAGGUGCUAGAUGUAAACUAGGAGUUUAUUGUUGGGGAUUAAAAUAAGUUUACUUAUAGAAUAUUAGAAAUUAUCUGUGUAGGUUUAAGUUUAAUUGUAACUUGCUUUCACCUUAGCAUGAGAGGGCCCUGCUCAAAACUUAGCAUAGGUGAGCUUUAAAUGAAUUCUUACCAUAAUGGCUAAGCAGGGGAGAAAACAGAAAAACUGGUUAUCUUCAGAUAAGGGCUGAGACCUUGAAGGGUCCUAAGACUGCCCCAAGCUGGAAUAUAAGAGCAGUUAAUGACACACAGACAUGGAUAAUCCAGUGAGGUGUUAGAAGACCCCAGACCAUAAAUCACCAUAGGACUAAGAGGCUGAUGCAGGGCACGUGACAAGUGUGUGAUGGUCGGGUGCACAGACUGUAAGGGUAUAAAGGCCCAGGGAUUUCUUUGGUCAGGGUCCCUCUCUGGUGGCACCCAGCUCAAACUGAAAUAAACCGACUCUGCCUUAGAA